AUGUAUAAUUUAAGAUUGCUCAAAAUAUAUGACUUUAAUAAUCCCAAGGAGUGCAAGGUAUAUCUUCCUGAAGGUCUCCAGUCUCUCCCUGAUGAACUUAGAUAUCUCCGCUGGGACAAUGGCCCUUUGGAGUCUUUACCACCAAACUUCACACCACGAAAACUUGUUGAAUUGGACAUGUACUCUAAUAAGCUUAAGGAACUAUCAACUGUCGUCCAGGAUUUUGAAAGCUUAAAAGUUUUAGAUCUUAGUUUGUCCAAACGUCUCACUCAUAUACCAGACUUUUCCCGGGCUACGAAACUUGAGAAGAUAUGUCUCAGUAGGUGUGAAUAUCUGCAAAACUUUGGGAGCAGCCUUUGCAACUUGCAUUCGUUACAGUCUCUUACGCUAUCGGGUUGUUCAUAUAUUGACCAGUUUCCAGAACUUCCAAUGAAUAUAAAAUUCUUAGAUAUGAGUGGGACCGCAAUAGAACAGGUUCCCUCAUCAAUUCAGUGUCUCUCUUAUCUGGAAGAACUUUACUUAUGUAACUGCAAAAGGCUUAAGAGUCUCCCAACAAGCAUUUGCAAUUUAAGUUUUCUUAAAUGGUUUGAUCUCUGCGGUUGUUCAAUGUUAGAAUACUUCCCGAAUAUUUUGAAGCCUAUGGAACAUUUAGCUCAUCUUUCCUUAUCAGGAACAGGGAUUAGAGACUUACAUUCAUCUAUUGGAAAUCUUAUUCGUAUUUCUUCUUUACAUCUAGAUGGUUGCGAAAAUCUGAAGGUUCUUCCAGACAGCAUCUAUAAUCCACAUCUAGAAGUUCUCAGCUUUUCCACUUGUCCAAGACUCGGGAAUCUGCCUCCGUUGUCUAUUGUCUUGCACUCUUUGACUCGGUUAUGCUUGAAAAACUGCAAUAUACUAGAGAUCCCUGAUUUGCUCUUCUUGCCAUCAUUAGAAGAACUAACAAUAGAAGGAACAAAAAUUGAUAGAGUUCCUGCAACCAUAAAAGAUUGUUGCAAGUUGUAUGAAUUGGUUAUAGUCGAUUGCAAGAGCCUUCGCUAUCUUCCAGAGCUUCCAUCAUCUAUUGAAAUUCUUUAUGUAACCGGCUGCACAUCUCUAGAGACUCAGUCAAAAACAUUGGUUCCAAUUACACAACUUUCUUUGGAGGAAGACAAGGACUGCUGGAAGUUGGAUCACAAUGCAUGCAACAACUUGAUGACUGAAGUGCAGAGUAGAAUUUUGCACUUGGCAACUAGGUCAAAACAGCAAGAAGUUUGUGGUAAUGAUGUUAUUUCGUGCUGUCCUGGAAUAUUUAGUUUAAGAGGACAAAAUGGUGAAACCUCUAAUUUGCGGUCGGUGGUUCAUACUCCUUUUCCUGAAGUGCAAGUUCCUAAAGUUUUUAGCAUCUUGGAUCACGUGCACGUGUUCUAUAGAUAUGAAGACUACAGUGAUGAUCUUGGUGCAGUAGAGGCAUCAUUUGACUUCUUCUCAAAUUCUUGGACAAAGAGUGGAAAAUGUUUGGAUUGUAGUAGUUGCAAAGUGAAGAGGUGUGGAGUUCGCAUGUUAUAUUUGAAAGAUGCGGAGGAAAUGGGCAUUACUGCUAACAACGAGCAAUAUGUGGUUUGUGAAUCAAAUGCUAGUGUGGCAGAUCCUGCCGAGCCAAGUGGAGUUGAAAUUGAUCUCAAU